AUGAAGAAGGGAAACAAGCCGGAUUUCCACCAAUCCGCCAACGGCGACCAAGCCAAGACACUAUACCAAGCCUUCUUCAAGAAGGUCGGAUCUCUCUAUGAGUCCGACAAGGUCAAAGACGGACUCUUUGCCGCCAUGAUGGAUGUUGCUUUGGUUAACGAUGGGCCGGUCACUAUUCAAAUCGACACCAACCCACCGAAGACGGAUGCUUCCACCUCGGGUGCUCCAAAGGGAAGCAAUCAGCAGACAGUCGACGUUGAUGACCGCAAGUAG